GGACCUGUCCACCAAGCCAAGCACUCAAACUGAGACAGUUUUGCCAGAAGCCUUUGAAAAUGGGCUCUCCUUUUUCUUUUCUUUAAGAGUUUCGAUAAAAACAAAUCGAAACGCUCCUCCUUUCCUUUGUUUAACUCCGAGUUCCCAGCACUGCACUCAUCCCUGUCCCAACUUGCAAACCGUUGCACAUUUCUCCCUCAAGACACGUUUCCUUGCUUUGCUUUCAUUAUAUAUUUUCCCCAUUCUGCCCCUUCCCCCCCCCCCCAAAACCCUAACCUUUACCUCGUUCCUCACUUCCUCUAUCAUUGUUAAAUACAUCCUCCAUGCCUCCGACCUCCCUCUCCGACUCUUCCCUUCCCUUGCGCCAUUGAUUCCGAUCAGCGCCAUGGAAGGGUCCGGAUCAGGUCACCGCCCAUACGGCAUCGUGAGCGGCAAAAGCUACACUUCCAAUAGCAGCUACACGGGGCGACCAGGUUCACCGGUUCCGGGAAGUGUGAGCGCAGCAAAGCCGUGGGGAUUCAAGGAUCCGGAGGGCAGGAGGAAGAAGAGGAUUGCCAAGUAUAAGGUGUACGCGGUUGAGGGGAAGGUGAAGACAUCGCUCAGGAAGGGGCUCCGGUGGAUCAAGAAUAAGUGCUCUCAGAUCGUCCAUGGCUACUGAGCCAUUCCAUUGGAUUUGGGUCCAAUCACAUCACAAGCCACGUCGAGCCAGCAUUUUGUUUGUCUGCGAUUGAUGCUGAUGUGGCAACAAUUAAAGAUAUAGGAGUAUGCGACUUGAAUCUCGUCUUCACUCGUGAUAUUGACAUUUCCUCGUUGAUCAUUUUCGUGGUUUGUCCGUUUUAAUCAAACCAUCAUCGAUGAUUGAGAAACUGCUGGGGUGCUGUCUGGUUUGAUGCUCCUCCAUUUUGGAUUCCCAGAUUCAGCAUUCACUCAGGGGUGACUCAUCCAUACUCUUUCUUUCACCAAACUAUUCUCUCUAUUUCCACUUAUUAGAAUGACAAGAAAAUUAGAAAGAAAACAACAUUUAUCAUGCACUUUUAAGGGCUUUCUCCCAAUAAUUUUCUCUCGGCCCAAAAAUUAUUCUUAAAAUAAUCGCUCGUUGCUCA